AAAGUGUGGUUGUCCUCUCCUAUAUAAGUUUGGUGUGACUGUCCCUGGAUGCACACACCUGUUAGGACUCCUGCUCAUCACAAUGAAUGCUCUUCUGUGCAGCCUCCUGGUUUCAGCCACCUUCGUGACUUUAUGCAAUGCCCAGUGCUAUGUCAUACUUAAUGAGAACACUCCAGACAAUUUAUCUAAUGAAUGCAAGGAUCUGGAUGGAGUCACACACCCGAUGAACUCAACGUGGAAGACUGAAAGCUGUGUGGAGUGUUCUUGUGGGCAAGACGAAAUUAACUGUUGCAACACUGUUGCUGUACCUGUGGGUUAUGACAAAAUCAAGUGCCAGAAAAUCUUUAACAAGGAGACCUGCAGCUACAAGGUGGUGGAGCGGGAGAACGCAGAAAAGAUCUGUUCUGUUAGUGGAUGGAUACUGUAACGUGCUUCUAGAGGGCCCAGGUCCUCCCAGGCCAGACCUCAUUCUCCUGUGGCCUCUAACAGUCUAUGCUUGUGUAAUCCUACCUAUCAGUAAAAAAAAUGUUUGAGCAAACA